ACGUUCCUAUUUCUUUCUUUGUCAAUCCGUUCGGCGACACAACAAUCCAAAAAAACAUUCUUAGCUUUUUUUUUCUGUUUCUUUAUAUACUUUUACACAACGCGGAGAUAAUCUCGGAUACAAAACAGAGAAGAUAAAGGACAAGUCUUUCUCAAAUUUUCCACCUUGAAGAACCCUAAUUUGAGGACGAUUGAGGAAGUUGCGAGUUUCGAAAGCUGGAAAGCGGUUUAUCCAGGGAGGAGUAAAGGGUUGAAUCAGCAUUUGUGUUUGUGGGCUUUAAGUAGGUGCAGUUUGAGGAGAGAAAGUUAGUGUGGGAUGGAUCAAAUGUUUUCAGGAGAACAAGAUCUUGAAGUGGAUAUUGAAGCUGGUCGAUCUGAUGAUACACAAGAAUCCACAUCAGAUACUGUUUCAGGCAAUGGGGUCUGGAGUGACCGGGUGAAUUUCGGUGUGUCUGAAAAGAUUGCUGAUGAUCUGAUCUAUCCAUUAAUGGGAGACGAAAAGCGGGUAGAAACUAGCAGUCAAAGUUUGGAUCUUUCAGAGAAAAAAUGCGAUAAUGGAAAGUUUAAGAAGUCGAGAAAAGCUUCAAAGCCUCCGAGACCUCCAAAAGGCCCUUCCUUGAGUGAGAACGACCGUAAGAUCAUGAGGGACAUACAAGAGCUAGCUAUGAGAAAGCGUGCAAGGAUUGAAAGGAUGAAAAAUUCCCUAAAAAGAAUGAAAGCAACCAAGUCGUCACCAUCAUCUCCAUGCAUUAGCAUUUUUUCGAUGAUAAUAACAGCUCUAUUCUUCGCCUUUCUAGUCUUCCAAGGAUUCUCUGCAAGCAGUUCGAGUUUGAGUUCGGAUAAAUCACCUGCACCAACUGUUUCACCUAACAACCAAUUGAUUUCAGUUCACUUGUACAAUGAUUUUGCUCCCGUUGAGCAAACCGAUCCCAGCCCGACCACCUCAUUCAGGUACACGAGGAAGCGAAUUUCGGGUGCAGAGGAAGAAGACUCGAGAGACGUUACUAGAUGAGUUCUCUGUUUGGUCUUCUUGACUCAAACGGUUAACUCUUUUGGUCAAAGUUUUGUUCAUAGGCUAAAAUUUGUAUAAAACGACUGCGUUUUAAACAAUGAGGAUGAUAUUUCACUAACCGGGAGAGUUUUCAAUUGUAUUUUGAAAAUAAAAGAUUGUGAGCAUCGUAGGAAUUUCGUGAUUGGGGUAUUUAAUGAAGAUGUAAAACUUGUUGUUGACCGUACAAUAGAAAAAAUUAAUUUUUUGUUCAA